CAACCACCAGCUCUUCGCUCUCAUCUGCAAAGCACCAUCAUGUCCCUCGUCCACUUCUUCAACUCCCCCAUCUACGACGACUUCGACCGCCUCUUCGACGAGGCGUUCUCCCGCCGCACGGCUGGCGGCGACUCCAACCAAGUCGCGCGUCAGGGGAACAACGCCCCUCGCGUCUUCAGGCCUUCGAUUGACGUGCACGAGGACAAGGAGAAGAACCUUGUGACCGCGAACUUCGAGCUGCCGGGCCUGAAAAAGGAGGACGUGAACAUCGACGUGCACAACAACGUGCUCACCGUCUCCGGCGAGACGAAGCUUGCGGAGGAGCGCACCGAGAACGGCUACGUCGUCAAGGAGCGCCGCUACGGCAAGUUCUCGCGCUCGGUCCCCGUGCCGGAGGGCAUCAGGCCCGAGGAGAUCAAGGCGUCGCUCGAGAACGGGGUGCUGACGGUGACAUAUCCGCGCACCACACCUGAGCAGGCCCCGAAGAAGAUCACUGUGCAGUAAAAAUAUCUCGUGGACUCAUCGAUGCCGUCGCCGACUGCUCCCACCAUUUUCCGCAUCAUUCUGUGUUGUACGAUAAAUGCACGCCUCGCCGCCACAUUUGUAAAAUAGGACCCAUUCAUUCCAAACAAACAAUCCUAUGUUGAUCUACAUACGGC